ACCGCCCCUCCCCCCUCUAAGCAGCACAGCCGCUGUGGCUGAGGAGAGAGUCCGGUGCGGGCGGCGAUGUGAGGAAAGUUCUCCGGGCGGAAGGAACGGGCGACAAGCGGCGGGGCUCCUGGCUCCACCCCCCUCAUCAUUUCCCAUCACACCCCCAUUCCCUUCAUAUUACCGGCCAUGAUAGAGAAGGGGGCCCCCGAGGUGUCCGGGAAGAGGAGAGGACGGGCCACCGGGACCACCACCAAAAGUUUGGCCCCCAACGGCCACAGCGGCGCCAACUCGUGGGAGGAGGCGAGCGGAACGUCUUCCAGCGAUGAGGAGCACGGAGGAGGCGGCGGAGGAGGAGGCGGAGGCGGCAUGAGAGUCGGAGCCCAAUACCAGGCGAGCGUCCCGGACUACGACCCCGAAGUGGCAAAAACCUGCCAAGAACGGGAGAACCUCGGCAUGCUGGUGUGGUCUCCAAACCAGAACUUGUCAGAAGCCAAAUUGGAUGAAUAUAUCUCGGUUGCAAAAGAGAAGCAUGGAUACAACAUGGAGCAGGCACUUGGCAUGCUCUUUUGGCACAAACAUAACAUGGAAAAAUCUCUGGCAGACUUGCCCAACUUCACCCCAUUUCCCGAUGAAUGGACUGUGGAGGACAAAGUCUUGUUUGAACAAGCUUUUGGCUUUCAUGGGAAAACCUUUCACAGGAUCCAGCAGAUGCUUCCUGACAAAACUAUUGCCAGCCUAGUAAAGUUUUACUAUUCUUGGAAGAAGACUCGCUCUAAGACCAGUGUGAUGGAUCGCCAUGCUCGCAAGCAGAAGCGUGAACGGGAAGGAAGUGGGGAUGAGAUGGAAGAACCAAUCAAUACCACCAACCCAACUGAUAUGGAGGUUGAUCCGCAAAAAGAACCCAAGAAGGAAGUAAUUCCGUCUCCUAAGAAUGACACAGUCCCACAUGUGAAGAAAGACAAAUACCCAUCUCAGGCUAAAAACAGAGCCAAACGGAAGCCACCGACGGGGAUGUUCCUGUUUAAAGAAGACGUGGAAGCCAUCUCUGUCAACGCCAAUGCUGCUACCACUAUGCUGAAACAGCUGGAUAUGGAACUGGUCUCCAUAAAGAGACAGGCAAGUGCUACUUCAUCCUCCACUGACAAGAUUCAAAAUAUCAAACAGACAAACAGUGCACUGAAAGAGAAUCUACAGGGCGGAGUUGAGGAUUACAGAGUCACCGAGGUUCCACAAAAAUUUAAUGCUCGCUGGACAACAGAGGAACAGCUUCUAGCUGUUCAAGCAAUCCGAAAAUAUGGCCGUGAUUUCCAAGCAAUUUCGGAUGUCAUAGGGAACAAAUCUGUUGUCCAAGUGAAGAAUUUUUUUGUGAAUUACCGGAGACGCUUUAAUAUUGAUCAGGUUUUACAAGAAUGGGAAGCGGAGCACGGAAAGCCAGAGGAAAACGGUGACUGCCUUGAGAAGCCUAUAAAAUUACCUGACACUGCUAUAAAGAUGUCCGAUGAAGAGGACGAGCAGGGCUCUCCUCUUGAUGUCAGAUACUCUUCAUGAGAAAAAUGAGAACUGUUUUUGUUUUUUGACUACUUACUUUGCCCGGAUCUUCAGGUAUUACGAGGACUCGACCAGCUAUGCUCAUCAUGCGUUGUGGACAAGCAGCUACUUACCAAAAAAGGCAAACAACUUCCGGCCCUUUUUAACAUAUCUGCCUUAAUCACCUCUAGUCCCCCCUCACAGAUGGCUUUCUGCUUUCAUCACCGAUGAUAAAUUACGGGAGUCGUCGUGAUCAUCUUCUUGCAUUGGGACAAUCUUCCUCGUCGCCUUGUAAAUAUUAACGUUCAUGUAACGUUCUGUCUCUUCUGCAUGAAACAUUUUUUAAUUUUUUUUGGACAAUGUACAAUUGAGCAGAACGCCGAUACAAAGGAAAUUCCAUAACCCCCUUCACCAGUGUAUUUCUAUUUAAAAAAACAAAACAAAAUGAACUUUAAGGGUUCAAAACUUUGGUUGUGAAGCGUAACCAACUUUCAGGACUGAUUGCCAUGUCUCUUAAUCACCAUGGGUGCUUAUCUGCGUUUUUAUGAAGAAAAUGGGUUUUUUUUUUCGUUGCUUUGCUUUUUAUGAUUUUGUGUUUUUUUUUUUUUUUCUGCCGCAUAUUUUACCUCCUCUUGGAUUAUUUUAAGCUUUUUGGUUAUUUAAAUGAGAGAUUUUCAUCUUUUUGGUUUGUCCUGCCUAUCCAUUCGGCUUUGCUUUUUGUAUUUUGUCUUCUGCAGUUUUCUGCCUUGCCAUUCUCUCCUCGGAGUUGGUUUAGGUUUGUUCCCCCUUUUAGUGAGGACAGGAUGCUGCUUUCUCAAAAGGUUAAACUGAUGUGGCUUGAGCAAGGCUGAGCUGUAUCCCAGGGCAACAGAAUUAACGAAUCCAAACAGUGUAAAAAGUACAUACGGCGCUCCUAGGAGAAAUGUGAAGUCGCUUGGUCCGUUUGGAACUUUCUUCUGUAGACCAUCCACAGGGUAGAGGAAGGGAUGAGGCAAUUGGAUAGAUGGCUGAGCAGGAGAAAGGACUGAUACUGGAACCUCUGCAGCUCCCGCAGAAGAUCUGGGUAGGAUCACCUCAAUGUAGAA